UGAAAUAACCCACGUCUCCGCUCUCUCUCUCUCUGUCCCUCCUCCCAUCGAAUAUCCCUAAAUUUAUAUCCUGUGUGCGACCGUAUAUCCAACGGCCAUGGCACACACUGAUUUUUCUUCCAAACCGGAGGAAGGCCACAACUUCUUCUUCUUCUAUAUAAACCCUAGAGGCAUAUAGCCAGCUCUCCUCGUUAGCUUUGAUAAACCAGAAAACCAGUACAGAAAAGUAGGCCGCAUAUUUCAAGCAUUCAAGUAGUUCCAAAUUAUGGCUGCAGUGGUAGAGUCGUGGAUGAGCGAGCUGAAUAAGCUGAAAGAGAAGUUAGGCGCUAAGAAGCGAUUGGUGUUGUCAUCGAAAGCUGAACAACAACAGCAAGAACAACGAGAGUUUAAGGAAGCAAGAAAGGAGAGGAGCUACAGGAUGGUUCAGAUCCAGAGGGACUUGGACUCUUCUUCGCUUUCAGAAGACACUGUGUGUUUGUUUAUGGAUCGCUUUGUGCCUUGGUGAUAACUGAUGAUAUGCACGCGCGCGCACACACACACAUAUGUAUUCCUAAACAUAGUUUUGUGUACUCUUGCAUAUAAUAGUUCUUAAUGACAUGAUAAAAUCCAAAUUGCGAUAA